AUGUCUGGCAUCCUAAAAUUGAGCGAAAAUCGAAGCAACGAAAGCUCCGACGUUGGAGUUGUCAAAAUUUCCGACUUUUUGGAGUUUUUGAACAUCAGUUUUCAAGUCACGGAUUCCAUAAACAACAAAAAUCAGAGCAAAAAUUCGAAUCAACUCGAUUUUGAUCAACUUCAAAAUAAUGAACUCAUCACGAGUCUCCUCACGAGAGCAAAUAAUGCUGUUCGAAGCUCCUCGCCGCCCAACGUUUUCACGGGAAAAGGCAAAUCUGAAGAUGAAAAGGACGAAAAAAAGUUAAAAAAUAAAAAAGGUGUCACUAAAAGUCGUUCAAAAUUCAGUUCGAACGGCGAACGUGGUUUAGAUACAGCGCUCCAAGCAAAACUCGAUGAAGUAAUUAACGAAGGGAUUUUGGAUUCGGUGCUUCCGUUCGUUUGUGGAAGUGCAAAUCAAGAAUGUAAUGGACAUGCAACAGUUACGGCGAAUCAGAAUGGAGCGAAAAGUAAGAAUUUGAGUCCAAGUGUGAAAGCAAUUAACGGAGCGAAUAAUGAAAAACCGCAAGAUUUGCCGAUAGAGGGCGCUGCAGUUGGAAAGAAGCCUCAAAGUACGCCAGAUAAGCAAAUUUCGGUGUCGCAUCCGCCGAAAACGAUGCGGAAAAAGUCUUCUGUGGGAAAUAGUUUGGGACAUAAUGAGAAAAAUGGAGAACCUGAAGUAAUAAUUCGCGUUUGUGACGAACUCAAAGGCGUUUCCCGUGACUUCAGUUGCCCCCAAAAACUGCUCGUUUCCAAGAUGGGAUAUUUUGCUGACGUCACCGCAGGACAACGUCUCGAAGACAUGGAUAUCUCCGUGCAUUGCGAUCUCCAAAUUUUCGAAUGGCUCAUGAAAUGGGUGAAACGUGACAAUUUUCCUCCCGAAGAAUGGCCCUCGUUGGAUGCAAGUAACGUCGUUCCUAUUCUCGUUUCCGCGAGUUUUCUUCAAAUGGAGCCUUUGUUACUUGAUUGCUUGUCGUUUUGUCACGGAAAAUUGAACGAUGUCAUAAAAGCAAGUGCGAAUUUGUCGUGUUUGAAUGACAAUAUCAUCACUCGAUUGGCGGCGAUGUUCACGAAUGUCGAGUUGGAAUCCGUAAAAGACAAAAAAGAUCGAAUUGCGCCCCGGAUUUGGACUAAAAUGAUUCAAAGUUUGUGCGAAAUUGAGCCGCAAGCGUUACGGGGACAUUACGCGUCACUUGCUGGGUUGUACAGAUGUUCGCGUUGUGGGAAAUAUCUCACACAAACAGUUGCUUCGUUCGUUUUUUGCGUUCCGCAGAACAUGAAACUCAAUCGAUGGGGUCAACUUGUGAGCGCGCAUGUUCGUGACACGCAAUGGAAUCUCACGAAUUACGUCUCAGCUUUGCAUAAAGAACUCAAAUCGUGGCGAAAAGUUUAUUGGCGCCUUUGGGGACAUUGUCAUUUUUUGUAUUGCUCGAUCUGCGAACAAUAUUUCCCGACUUAUCAAAUGUUAUGGUGUCAAUUUCAUCCAGAACUCCCGCAAUUCAUUGGUCCCGCAACAGGACGCUACCCUUGCUGCGGAUCUCAAGCAAAUCGUUAUGAAACCCUCCCCGGACCAUCGGGAUGCCAAUUUCGCGAACACACAAUUAUCCCCGAAACUGAUCGAGAUCGCGCCAUUAUUCAACUUUGCAUGGUUGCAGCUGACGGCGGAAAUUUGUACGAACAACCGCCCAUUAAACCUUACGUUGCGGGACAAAACGAGAAUUGGUGGGCGGGAAUUUCGCUGAUUCCAAGGGGGGCGAGGCAAGGAUUACUUCCGCCAUUGUACAUUGAAGAUGUGACGAGAAGCAGAAAGUUUAUCGCACGUCAAGCGAGUACUUCGUGCGUUGAAUCGAGCAGCGACACGGAAUCGAGUGAAUAUGACAAGACAUUUUCGAAUUUGAGUCAUUCGUCGAGCGAUAGUAGCGAUGGCGAGGAAAGCGAAGAUCUGAGUAGUUCAAGUGUGACGUUUAAUAAAGGGAAAAAGCAGGAAAAUCGGAAGAGAGGAAAACCAGCGAUGGCGAAACAAUCGCACGGAAGAGUUGCUUGGUCAGGAGAAACGUCGGCGAGAAGUAAUCAGGAUAAUCAGAGGGAGUUUGAGGAAAGAGCAAUGAAGCAAGUCAUCACAUUAGUGGGCAAAAAGACAGGAAGCGACACAAAUACUUACAUGCAAAUGUACCAACAAGGCGGAAUCUACGUGAAACUUGAAUCAGAUUGGCGCGAAAAUUAUCGUCAGAAACACACUUCAAGCCGAAUGCGUUCCAUGACUCUUAAAUAA